AGGCUCCUCCUCGGACCUCCCUAACCCUGCCAACCGCAGACAGCUCCCCAGGUACAGAGAUGCAUCGAAUCAAAGGGAGGGGGGUGCAGGGGAGCGAGGCCCGGGGUGUCCGCUUUUGUUUUGCAGAAAAAGGGGGUUUGUUCGUAACGGGCCAGGCUUUAAGCGGAGGUGCGCCACCGCAGAGCUACAAGCUUGACACUGGAGCGCUGUGGGAUGGGAUCAGAGGAAGGAGAAGCGGAGCGUUCUGCACACAGCCCCACCAAACCCGAGCGGAGCGAGCCCAUCAGGCACGAGCCUCAGCCCUGACGCACACCUGGGGUCAACAGAGGACGACUAGGAGCGAUGUUCUGGGCAAUCUGACUGGAACAGUCUCAGGAAAAUCCAUCUGCGCUAGAAUUUACACUCCUGCUUUUGCAAGCGUGCCAAGACGCAGCCUCCGGACCAGAGCCGACAUCCUGGCUUUGAAGGACAUUUUGCCAUUAAGGAAUAGAAAGGUUGUAAUAUAGAAAUGAUGUCAGGUGUGAGCGCAUCCGCCUUAUCUCCGUCCCUAUGAGCUACACUGGAUUUUAAGGGAAUUAUUGUAGUUUUUAGCAUAGUGAGCUGCAGAUUGUGUCAACUUUGGAAGUCCUAAGUAGAGCCUUUACGGUUUAGUUCUGCAUUCAUGAUGAGACCCGUGCCAUGCAGCUAUGUGUUUCUGCAUUUAUUUGCCUUCUGCCACUAUGCACAGGUAACCAAUCAGUCCUCGCCUAAUUUCACGCAGCAUGUAAGCGAGCAGAGCAGAGUGACGGACCACGUAAGCCGCCGGUUGAUCCGCGUCUACCAGCUGUACAGUCGGACGAGCGGCAAGCACGUGCAGGUCCUGUCCAACAAGAAGAUCAACGCCAUGGCCGAGGACGGAGAUGUGCACGCAAAGCUCAUUGUGGAGACUGACACAUUUGGAAGUCAAGUGCGCAUCAAGGGCGCCCAGACGGGCCUUUACAUCUGUAUGAAUAAGAAGGGGAAGCUCAUUGGCAAGAAAAACGGGCAGAGCCGUGACUGCAUCUUCACCGAGAUUGUUCUAGAAAACAACUACACCGCGUUGAGGAACGCCCACUACAACGACUGGUACAUGGCAUUUACUCGGCGCGGGCGACCCCGAAGAGGCUCGCAGACUCGCCAACACCAGCGUGAGGUCCAUUUUAUGAAAAGAUUGCCAAGGGGGCAGCAAGUCAUCCACUCAAGCCAACAUAGGCCUUUUGACUUCAUCCACUCAUUCAGUCAAAGGACUAAACGCACACGAUACUCAUCAGAGCGCAGACAACCAUAAAGACUAAAUUAUUUACCACUACACUUGUUCUUUCUCUCCAAAAUGGGACAUUUUGUACUAUAUCAGUAGCUUAUGUCAAGCCUUCCAAUAGUAAGGAAUGUUGUAAUAUAAAACUUCAAAUCUAUUUUUGUAUGCAAGACUUCUAGCACCGAUGCUUGAAGACAGUGAAAGUGAAAAAACAAGUCAUUGGAUGCAGAAAAUCCACUAUAUGACUCAUCUUCAUUUUUUGCAUGUUAUUAUGUUGCCCAAUGCUCAAGAAGACUUGAAGGGGACUAGCUAAUGGUGUUGUAUAGGGAAUGCUGUUUUCAGAGACAUUGUCAGAUGCUGCACUGUGAAGCGUGGGGGCUGAGAAACAAUUCCCUCCUUCUGCACUGGAAUUUUUUGAACAUCUUCUGAGAAAACGACCUCUGCUAGAGUCCAGAGUAAUGGAGCCUUGUGGGGAAAAAACAUGACCUAAUCAAGGGUUUCAAGUAGAAACUGUUGAAGCCUCUGCCACUACUUCUGUGUUCUUGGUUCUUAUAAAAUGUGCUUUUAUAAAUAUAGAAUUAUUUUGUUUAUUUUAGAAUGUGUAGAGUAUUUUUGAAAUAAAUAUUUAUUAAAAAUGUUAAAUAAAUGCACAUUAGAAUUGUUGAUUUCUCUUUGAAAGCCUUUUUUUUUUUUACAUAUUAGUUGAAAUAACAUUUAUUGUGGGCUACAUUUUCAGUGUUGGUUCUUGUAGCCUGAUAAGCCCCUCAACAAAUAUGAUCUACUUCAUGUCAUACUGUGAUUGGACCUUGUGGGUACCUGUAUUUGCUGCCAUCAGAUUUCAGGCUACUAUGUUCCUUUAAAAAAAUACUGUUUAUUUUCCAGGUAACCCACUUGUUCUUUGUGUAGACUGUGUAUUUAUAACUUUAUGACUCUCGGCUUAUAAAAACUUGUAACUCUCCCCCCUCA